GGGACAAAAACGAAAUCACCACCACGAAGUCCGGUUGUCCUCAUUUCCAUGUCUUUCCUGUGCCUCAUUUUUGAACUUUCUUUUCUUCCAUUGCUGUCCUUUUGCUUUCUUCUAAAUUUCGGGUUCUUGAAAGAAUGUCAGUGAAGCUUUACAGACUCUACAUUCUUUGCUUCUUCAGAACGAAGCUUGCAUAUCCUCCAAGAAAUGGCUUCUUCUUUACAAGAAUUGCUGACGGAAGAAGGAUUUGAGAGAGGGAAGUCAUUGAAAAAUCCUAGAGAAGUCAGGCUUAGAAACAAAAGUAGAGCACCAGAUGAGUCCGUAGCACUGCCGAUAUACAUCUGCCAUGAUCGAAAAAGCUUGGAAAAAUCCAAGGACGAGGCUGAGAAGACUGUUAUCCGAAAUGGGUCCUCAGUGUUUUCAUCUAGGAGGUUGUCGAAUUCAGAUAGAUCAAAAUCUAAAUCAUUGAUAAAAGAUGGUCCUUCAAAUAGAGAUGAGCCUCCAAUCGAUGACGUUGCCAUUCGAGCUGUAAUAUCUAUACUUGGUGGCUACAUUGGUAGGUAUAUUAAAGAUGAGAGUUUUCGUGAGAUGAUCAAAGAAAAGUGCAACUCUUGCUUAGUGAGGAGAAAGAAUGGUUCGGAUAAUGGGAUUUUUGUGAAUAUGGAACUCGGUAUUGAGAGCAUAGACAAGUUAGUGGAGGAUCGAGGGAACAAAAAGGAACUUAGAAUGAAAUCAUUGAGGAAUUCGAUUCGGCUUUUGAGCAUCGUUGCUUCCUUGAAUUCUAAGAAAUCAAGGAAUAGUUCAACUUGCGGAGUUCCCAAUUCUCAUCUCUCAGCAUGUGCUCAGUUAUACUUAUCUAUAGUUUACAAGCUCGAGAAGACUGAUAGGAUUUCCGCCAGGCAUUUGCUUCAAGUUUUUUGUGAUUCAGCCUUUCUCGCUAGAACCCACCUGCUUCCUGAUCUAUGGGAGCACUUUUUCCUUCCCCAUCUUCUUCACCUUAAAGUUUGGUACCACAAAGAACUUGAAUUUCUCUCCAACUUGGAAUAUGGUGAGAAAGAGAAGAGAAUGAAAGCUUUAAGCGAGCUCUACAAUGACCAAAUCGAUAUGGGAACAGUUAAGUUUGCUAUGUACUAUAAAGAGUGGCUAAAAAUUGGGGCCAAAGCCCCGGCAGUUCCUACAGUGCCAUUGCCAACAAGUCCCAGUUAUAGAUCAUCUGAUUCUUAUGCUUCACAUUCUUCUAUCAACAAAAACCUGUAUCGAGCUGUGUUUGGUGCCACAACUGAGCGGCAAUCCAUGGAGCUUGAUCAUCGAAUCAGAGCAUCAAUGGAUAUAUGUCGACUCGAGGAAGAAGAAAAUGAAUGUACAGAUGAUGAAUACUACAACGGUUGCAAUUAUGUUCAUAACAAGACGAAGACACGUAGAAGGUCAUCAACUAGAACUCCUAAAACUGAAUCAUGGACUGAGACACGGAAAUCAGACCAUUUUCGGCUGUUUACCUGCCAAACUGGGCCAACAGAAUGCUUGGUAAAUGGCAAAAGUGUUGUCAGAAAUAAUUCAAUGAAAAAGGAGGAAGAGGUCCAUCUUCCUUUGAGUGAUCUAAGUAAAGCCAUUGCUACUAUUUGCUCUUCAGAUAGUCUAAGUGACUGUGAAAUUGCAAUCCGGGUAAUGACCAAAGCAUGGUUGGAGUCACAUGCUGAUCCUACCGUAGAAACUGCAUUAGCAAAGGCACCUGUUAUCGAGGGAAUCCUUGAGGUUUUGUUUGCUUCCAGUGAUGACGAAAUUCUAGAAUUAGCAAUAUCAAUUUUGGCAGAAUUUGUAGCUAGGAAUGAGGUGAAUCGGCAGAUGAUACUUAACUCAGAUCCACAGCUCGAGAUCUUCUUAAGACUAUUAAGAAAUAGUAGUCUAUUUUUAAAGGCUGCUGUGCUGCUUUACUUGUUAAAGCCAAAGGCAAAACAGAUGAUAUCGACUGAGUGGGUUCCUCUAGUUCUUAGAGUUUUAGAGUUGGGAGAGCAGUUGCAGACUCUAUUUACAGUGAGGUGCAGCCCUCAAGUCGCAGCAUUUUACUUCCUAGACCAACUUUUAACGGGUUUUAAUGAAGAUAGGAACUUAGAGAAUGCUACUCAAGUAGUUUCGCUUGGGGGACUGAGCCUCCUGAUAAGAAAUUUUGAGAUAGGCGGUGUACUUGAGAGGAAUAAUGCCGCCUUGAUCAUAUCCUGCUGCAUUCGAGCUGAUGGAAGCUGUCGAAACUACUUAGCUGAUAAAUUGAACAAGGCAUCUCUAAUUGAACUUAUUGUUGCGAACCGCAAUGAUUCUAAUGGUACUGUUGUUGCCUUACUAGCUGAGCUACUCUGCCUAAACAGAAGAACACAGAUAACAAAAUUCUUAAAUGAUCUGCUGAAUGGAUGGAGAGGCUUGAAUACCACGCACAUCUUAUUAGCAUGCCUGCAGAGAGCUCUACCAGAAGAACGGCCCCUGGUUGCAGCCAUCUUAUUACAGCUGGACCUUCUGGGAGAUCCUUUGAGGUGCAGUGUCUACAGAGAAGAAGCAGUGGAGGCAAUUAUAGAAGCUUUAGAUUGUGAAAAAUGUAAUGAAAAGAUUCAAGAACAAUCCGCUAGAGCUCUCAUGAUGCUGGGAGGCCGUUUUUCUUGCAUGGGAGAGGCAACAACAGAAAAUUGGCUUUUGCAACAAGCAGGCUUUCAUGAAAAGUUAGAGGAUUCAUUUCACAGUAAGGAAAUAGUUGAUGACAUCUUGAAUGAAGAGGAGGAAGCAAUAGUACAUUGGCAAAGAAAAGCAGCAAUUGCUUUGCUAAACAGUGGCAACAAGAGAUUCUUGGCCUCUCUUUCAAAUUCUAUGGCCAAGGGCAUUCCUAGUUUAGCACGAGCUAGCCUCUUAACUGUUGCCUGGAUGAGUAGCUUUCUCCAUUCAGUUAGAGAUAAAGAUUUCCAGUCCAUGGCAUGCUCAAUACUUGUGCCACAGUUGCUAGAAUCCUCAAAUAACAACCAAGCACUUGAGGAAAGGGUGCUUGCUUCUUUCUCAUUGCAGCGACUCAUAAAGAGUUCAGAAUAUACCUCUAUAAUUUCGUCACUGGAUGAAACGUUGGUGAACCCUCUUAGCAAUCCUUAAUCACAAGUUAAUGAGUUUAUUCAACCGUCACAAGCACUGCAAGGCAUCGAUCCGUAGCCUGAGCUAAAAGCCUAGAAGGUCUGGCCAGUUAAAGAAAUGAAAGAAAUCAUCUCAACUCUUGAUUCUAAAGAGGUACUAUCGAGGGUCGGAUCAUGGCCGGGACCUAUUUGUCAGAGGAUGAUAAGUUGUAGUUCAUUCGAAUUCCUUUUCAUCUUUUGAGAGUGUAUGUAAAUGUUGUAACAUACAGCACAAUAUUUGAUACUUUACAGAACAUAUAGUGAUUUAGAGAGAUGUGAAAAGAUGGUUUCCUCAAAUAAAGAAUGAAACGAAAAAUCUCUUCUCUUCAAGGGAAGACAUGAGUAGCA